GAUGGCGUUCGUUAUUCGCUUGUUUCAAUGAGAAUAAAUCCUACAUUUUUCGUGUGAACUGUUGUAUUUUGGAUGGCAUGUGUGGAAUGAUAGAUUUAAAUACCCGUGUGUUUCAUUCAUGAGCUUGCAAAGGAACGCCCCAUUUAAAACCCCGUGGGCCACCGGGUGACGGUCGUAGUAAUUGAAAUCGGCUGCUUCGUUAUAUUAGAGUUUACUCACACUUAUCUUUUUUAGCAAUGCUGCAGAUAUUUCCUUAUGUAGGGAAUUUAAAGUCUUGUCCCAGAUCGCAGCAAGCAUUUGUUCCGUUUUGUCGUAUUCGACAAUGGAGGAAGGGUUCAGCGAAACGACUUGUGAUUAACUUGAACCAUUGAGUCACCGGCACGGCAUAGUCACAGCUUACUUAACUUCUAAAAGAGAACGAUGGAUCUGCUAACUAUGGACAUAAAUUCCUGACAUUUUCUAGCUAUGCAGGGUUGGAGUAGUCUACGAGAACUGACGAGUGUUUUUCCAGUCGACCACUGUACUGGAUUUAUACAUCAGCUGAUUUCGGCAAUGGCAACUAUUGCAGCAUUUCGAUUUUGUGACCAUCGCGAUCACAAUUACCACCGUUGCUCGUCCGAGACUUCGGAAGUCAAUUCCUUGGACGACAGCGACUCGGUGGAUUCCUGCCUUGUGGGCCCAGACCAGGAGGAGGAGUUCUACGCCUCCAGCCUGACCCCGCCCACCCCCAGUGAGGAUAUCUGGAAGAAGUUUGAGCUGUAUCCAACCCCACCGCUCAGCCCUAGCCACCCCGAUGGGGCCAAAGAGGCCCCGGCUCCCACCAGAUCUCAGGAGGGUGAAGCUGACCUCCUCCAGGAAGUCACCAACAUCCUGAUGGAUGACGAUGACCUUCCCUGGAUGACCCGUACCUGUCACUUCUCCGAUCCUGUCUUCCGUGCCCCUUCCCCAGUCACCCCUCCGCUGAUUCAGGAUUGCAUGUGGAGCAGCAUCAUCGCCGAGGAGAGGCGCAAAUUCUUCUUGAAGACAGAGAAGAAAAGCGAGGAGAAAGCUAAGAAGGCGGUACCGUCCUCAAACUCUGGCCUGAUGCUGCCGCCUCUGGUGCCUGCUUCAGAGUACGGGUCCUCAGACUGUGUCGACCCCUCCGCCGUCUUCCCCUACCCACUCAGUGAGACGAGAUUGGAUUUAUUCAGCACAGGAACAAACACACCAUCAGAUUCUGAGGAAGAGAUUGAUGUUGUCACAGUUGAGAAGAAACUCACUAAUCACCGUCACCACCACCACAAGUCCCACACCACAAGGCCCUACCACAGACACCACACGGCCAAGCCGCGAGCACAUCCACCCCAGCAGCAGUCGAUCAACAUCACCUUGCUGGGCAAGCGAGGGCGCCCAUCCAACGCCACCAUCCUGUCCAUCCCCAUCAAGAAGCUCAAGACGGAAGGCAACCUGGAGGAGGUCAAGCAGAUGCUACAGAAGUCUAACCUAGUCCGCACGUCCUCAGCGGGGAACAGCCGAGUUAGCAGCCGCGGCAGCAGUCGGGGAAGCAGUCGGCCGUCCAGCCAGCCUGGCAGUCAUCCUUCCUCAGACUCGGAGGACACAGAGAAGAGGGCAUGCCACAAUGUACUGGAGAGGAAGAGGCGUGAAGACCUGCGGACGAGCUUCCUUCAUCUGCGGGACGAGGUUCCCGAGCUGAACUCGUCAGACCGUGCAGCCAAAGUCGUCAUUCUGAAGAAAGCAACCGACUAUGUUAUCAGCCUUCAAGAUACAGAAGAGAGUCUCAAGAUGGAGCUUGAGAGAGAGACUAGGAGGAAUCUUGACCUGAGGGAGCGACUGGAAGCUUUGUUGGCUCCCCACCCCGUGUAGACAAACCCUCCUUUCCCCUUCCUUGAACUUGGGACCAAGGACAAGUUGAGGGGCUUCUGGCAAAUGCAUCAAGUUUCCAGAGCUUCUUAUUCUUGGGCUGUUGAAGUGAAGACGUGACCGUUGGUAUCCUUGGAAUGAAUGUGAACAAACUGAGGACACGCUGAUAAACAGAAGUAGAGUUGGGGAGACUGAUGACAAGAUGAGAACUGCCUUGUUGUAACUGAGCAGCUGAUUGAAAGGAAGAACUUUGAACUGUUUGAGAACAGCGAUUCAUAAAAAUGUUUAUUUUUGUAAAUACGUUUUGCGAUUGGUUUGUAUUGGAAGAAUUGGUCGGUCGUUAUGAUUUACAGCCCUUGUACAUAAUGUAUCAAAGAAAAAAUACAGAUGUAUGUCUUGAUAUUUUAGUUCUUCUCAUAUUAAAUCUAAUUAUGUUUUGUAAUUCUUUUAUAUAUUUUUUAACAUGCACAUUUUACAAAAGUUAGAGCUUUGUGAGGAAAUGAAAGCUGUCGUGAAAGCCCAAGAAAGUGUUUCUUUUCUUUUCGUUUCCAUUGUUCACAGAUUGAGGUUUGGAUAAUGUGAGUAAACUUUACUGCCCUGAAAUUUUAUCUGGACUACCGAAGGUAGUGCUGUGCUUGAUUUUGAAACGAAAAGUACUCAAAUGUUGUACUUUGAAAUUGAGAUAAGCUCAAUUGUAGGUUUUUCUUUUGCCAGGGUUUUUUCACCAGCAUUUCACACUUGCCAACUGACUUGUGUGUGUGCAUGUUUUUUUUUGUGGUUUUUUUUUCUGUUGCUUUUCGUCCUAAAUUUUCAUCAAAAUUUCGGGGUUA